AUGAAUGAACUUGGUUCAAGUAUGCCGGAAACAAAGAAAGUCGGUGUAUGGGCUGAAGGCACACACAUCGAAGCAAAAGAAUUUAUGAUUCCCAAGAAAUCACCAGAUUCUAGUGAUGAUAUACCAACUAUACCAGACUUAGACGAUCUACAAGAUAUAUUAGAGAAGGAAAUAUCUGUCCCUCCAGUAACUGAUCUCAAAGACAAAGAAACCGUCAGUGCUUUGUCAGAAGUAGGCGGAGGUAUAUCUGGCACAGCGGAUAGCAUUGAAUCAGUGUUAGAAGUGUUGAACUCAUACAUACCUGAAGAAGAAAUGGAUUCGGCAGACACCGUGUGGACAGUCGACUCCCUACUGCAAGAGUUAGGCGAGGAUACGCAGGAACCAGCAUUGUAG